GAUAACAGCAGGGAUGACCCACUUGUGCUGAGAAGUGCUCUCUGGAGGCAAACUCACAGUGCUCGCUUAGACGUGAGGAGAGGAACGGGGGCCUGUCUCUCACUUCUCCUAAACGUUAAUUAUUCUUUCCGACAGUACACUUGAAAUAAGUCUGUAACGUGGCAGGAAGGUGCAAAGUAGCGAAGGAAGUCGAAACUGUCUCGUUGAAACUCUUCCAGCCGUGCUGGCUGGUGUUUGAACGAAGUGAAGUCACCAGAAGAGGGACAACGUCAUCAUGGAGCUGACGACUCUGGUGUUGAUUGUGCUGGUUGGUCUGCUGUUCUACUAUGGGAGCAGGAAGCCGGAUCGCUACCCACCAGGUCCGAUGCGUUUGCCCAUCAUCGGAACGCUAUGGCGAUCUCACUGGAACCAAACUCUGAACAUCACCCAGCGGCAUCUGAACAUGCUGAAGGAGUAUGGCAACGGAAAGAUUCUCGGCUACUUCAUCAUGAACCAACCAGCAGUCCAUAUUGGGGAUUAUGAGAUGGCCCGGGAUGUUUUCAAUAAGCGUGAGGCCAGCGGGCGGCCUGAUAUUGACAUCAGCCGAGUUCGGACUCAUGGAAAAAAUAGAGGUCUUCUGCUCAACGAGGGCCAGUCCUGGUCCGCGCACCGUCGUUUCUCUCUCCACCAUCUCCGCGAUCUAGGCCUUGGAAAGAACUCUCUGGAGUCUAUCCUUCUCCGUGAAGUGGACGCGAUGGUACAGCAUCUGGAUGGUUUGAAUGCACGCCCAACACCGGUGAACAGUCUCUUCAACGUGCAUAUUCUCAAUGUGCUGUGGGAGAUUAUCACUGGAAAACGUUUCGAGCACGACGAUCCCCGGAUGGAGCUGAUCAUCCGCUCUCUAACUCUGUUCCUACGAAGUACAAUGGAUCUGAGUGGGAUCAUCAGCAGCCACCUGGGAGCCGUGUAUCAGCCUCUGGGCGGAGACCUCUACAAGGCAACUCUGGAGGCCAGGGAUCAACUCACCAAACUGUUCCAGGCUGAGAUAGAUGAGCACAAGGCGACGCUGGACCCAAAGUCGCCCCGAGACUUCCUGGAUAUGUAUCUCAUCAAGAUGGCUGAAGAUGACGAGAUCGCCAAGGAAUUUGAUGUGUGGAAUCUCUACGCCACGCUCCAGGAUCUCUUCCUGGCUGGAAGUGAAACGACCAGUACGACCACCGAAUGGGCUGUCUUGUUCCUCCUGCGGGAUAGAGCGAUUCUUGAAAAGGCGCAACGGGAGAUAGCGGCCGUGGUGGCCCUCGGAGAGAGGGUGGAGCUGCAUCAUCGGCCUCAGAUGCCUUACGUGGACGCCGUACUGGCUGAGACCAUGAGAAGAAGUACGGUGACGCCGCUAGCCAUUCCGCAUCGCGCUAUGGCUGACAUGGAGGUGGCAGGCUACCGGAUCCCCGAGGGUGCAUGGCUUCACACCAACGUCUACGCGAUCCACUAUGACGAGAAGCACUGGGGAGAUCCCCACAACUUCAGGCCGGAGAGGUUCAUGAAAGAUGGAAAAUUCGUCAGUGACAAGCAUCUGAUCCCCUUUGGAAUCGGCAAGCGGGUCUGCAUGGGCGAGUCUCUGGCCCGACAGGAGAGCUUCCUCUUCCUGGCUAACCUGAUCCAUCAGUUCGACAUUACCCCACCCGAGGGAGAGGGUGUUCCUCCUCUAGUCUUCCAGCAGGGCGUGGUGCAGGGAUCCGGUCCGUUCAGAGCCUGCUUCAGACGUCGCGUGUGAAGAGAUGGGGGAGAUGAAGAUGGAAGAGAAGAGAAGAUGAAGUGUGUAAGGCAAAUGAGAUGUUGAAGUUGCUGCUUUGAAAAGGCGCGUGUGAAGAGAUGGGGGAAAUGAAGAUGGAAAGGAAGAAAGAAGAGACGAUGCGGAAGGAGAUGGCAUGUAGAAGUUGAAUAUGUUGCGUGUAGCUAGAAGUUGUUGCGCGUAGACUAGUUUGCAGAGUGUCGUGUGUUGUUUACAGGAUAGGAUGAAUAGUUUCUGUAGGUAGGUACAGUAGGUCUACAAAAUAAGUCCCCGCCGUAAGCGGGUCACCAGUGGGCAGUUAGCUCCUGAGACUUAUUUUGUAGACCCACUGUACGUCAGAGUGCUUGAGAUGAAAGAAAAGAUGGAACAAGGAAUGUGAGAGCGAAAGGUGUUAAGCGGUGUUUAGGUAAAGGCAUUUCCUGAGAAAAUACCAACUGCUAGGGGAAAACGUAGAAGAUUGUGGUGGAUGUGACGUCUAGAGCCUAUGCUCUUAUGUAUUCAGAGAGAGUUAUGAUAUGUGUUAUGGGGAAUUCCGAGGGAAGAGAGGGAGGGAGUUGGGCUAGUUGAGGUGAAGUUAUGGGCAGUAGCGGCGGAACACCUUCGAUUAAGGGGGGGGGGGGGGCACUGCCAACUUUUGGUCCCAUUCUUUUCAUGCAACGCUCAUAGGGCUAAUGUUAAAAUGCCAAAAUCAAAGGGAGGCACGGUGCCCCGGUGCCCUCCCGGUUCCGCCGCCUAUGGUUAUGGGUGACAAGGUGGACGAGAUAUGAUGCGGAGAUGAUGACGGUGUGAUGGGCGGAGAGAGAGAGAGAGAGAGAGAGAGAGAGAGAGAGAGAGAGAGAGAGAGAGAGAGAGAGAGAGAGAGAGAGAGAGAGAGAGAGAGAGAGGAGUUGUGAAUGGUAUGCUACUGGAAGAUGAUGACAUGCCACCAUGUCUGUUAUACCUAUACUUUUGAAAACACGCACACGUGUGUUGAGACGCGCGAAGUGUGUCAGAUAUGAAUGACACCUUAUAUUCAUGUAAAGAAGCAAAUGUUGGAAGUGGAACGUUAGAAACGUAUGUGCGCGGGUGCAAUGUUAUGUCUUAUUAGUCAAUAGGCAUGGCGUGUUGACUGUUGCGUGUGCUUUGAAUCAAUCCAGGUUACAUAUACUCACUUGAGAAAAUAUAAUCCGUCUAUGAAAUAGCUGUGUGGAUUGUAUCCAAGGUAAAAUAAAUUGGCGAUGCAA